AGAACCAGAGGACAUGACAAGUGUGGGAGGCUUCAUCUGCUGUGUUGGUGGAGGGCCAACAGCUUGGGAGAGCAAGAAACAAGUGGACCAAGCAUUGAGCUCGGUGGAGUCCGAGUACAUGGCACUCUUCCGUGCCAUAAGAGAGGUUGUGUGGCAGCGGCGUUUGCUAGCUCAAUUGGGGGAGGAGCAGCAAGGACCUACCCCACUCUACUGUGAUAGCCAGGGUGCUAUUGCAUUGGCUAAGAACCCCGUUCUUCAUGGCCUUACCAAGCACAUGAAGGUGAAGUGGCAUUGGGUGAGGAGCAUGGUAACCUCGGGUGAAGUGGAGUUGCACUACGUGAAGACGACGGCGCAGCCUGCUGAUAUGAUGACCAAGAGGCUGGUUGAGCAGCAGCAUUGGAAGUGUUGCAAGCUUGCUGGAAUGGCUCUGAACUAAGGGGAGCAGAUUCUAAGGCCCACAAUCCG